UUCAACAAAGUGUUUCUAACAUGAGGACAAUUGCGUCAUUAACUAGAGAAGAAACCUUUAAAGCUGCAUAUCAAAAUGCUCUAAGAGAACCACACAGAAUCGCAAUUAAGGGAAGUUUGUUAUCAUCAUUUGGAUUUGGUACAUCUCAAGGAAUUUUGUACUUUAUUUGGACAUUAGCAUUUUGGUAUGGUUCAAAAUUGAUCGAAACGGGUGAAUAUGAAUUACAACAAAUGCUUCGAGUUAUGUUUGCUGUUGUGUUUACAGCUGUUGCUCUUGGACAAAUGUCUACAUUUGUACCAAAUGUCGCAAAAGCAAAAGUAGCAGCUCUUUCAAUCUUUGAAAUUUUAGAUAGAAAACCUACAAUAGAUCCUACUGAUAACGAAGGUAAAGACCGUCCUGCACCAAUAUUAGGAGAUUCUUCAUUUCAUUCGGUUUACUUCAAUUAUCCUGCUCGUCCGAAUAUACCAAUCCUUCGAGGUUUGGACUUGUCAAUAUAUUCUGGAAAAACUAUUGCACUUGUUGGAUCAUCGGGUUCUGGGAAAUCGACAGUUGUUUCGUUAUUAUUAAGGUUUUAUGAUGUAAAUUCUGGAGAAAUUGAAGUUGAGGGUGUUAAUGUAAAGCAAUGGAAUUUAGAGUAUUUAAGAGCGAAUAUGGCAUUAGUCGGACAAGAACCUGUGUUAUUUGAUUUAACUAUUGAACAGAAUAUUGCAUAUGGAAAAGAAG